GUGGAGCAGAUGGCAUCGAAGCACCACCCGCACCUGGUGCGGCUGCUGGGGUACUGUGUGCACAUGGAUGCGCGCACGGAGCAGCACGAGCAGAUCGUCGUCUACGAGUUCAUGCCUGGUGGUGACCUGCAAUCCUGCAUGCCCGCCCACCUCGCUGAUGCGGCUCAAAAAG